AUGCGGCUAAGUCGUAGCUUGGUAACUAGUGUCGUUGUUUGCUUGACAGUUUUCUUCAUCGUUUUGAAUUCAAAGUCAGCAGUAGAAAUGACAAACGAUUCAGGAAGUAGCAUAGAAAAGCCUUACGUGGGAGAAAUGGGAAUCAAUAAAGGCCAGACAUAUCGAUACGUUACACCGUCUCUUGCGGAAUUGGGUGCGCGUGGAAGCUUUCCGAAAAUGAACAAGCAUAUCUUAAUGUUAACGCGUGUACCCGAUGCUGGAGCUGAACUGUUAGUAUUGAUGCUACAGCGCUUGCAGGGUUACAAUGCAUUUAAACACGUACGAUUACCACCUGGUGAUCAUAGGCUUCUAUCAACUUUACAAGAGGAAUUGUUAGUGGAAGAAAUUACAAACAUCAUAAGGCAAGAGGCAAUUCCUUUAAGUUUCGACGGGGAUGUUAGAUUCUUGAACUUUUCGAAAUUCGGACGAGAGUCUCCGUCAUUCAUUUCUCUAGUGAGGAAUCCUAUAGGCGCACAAAAUUUGCAGAGAUAUCGUGGCAGGCGAAAAAAUAUGUUCGAAGGUAGAGCCAUACCUACGUUUUGUGGCCAAGAUUCUCGAUGCACAGAGAUCAAUAAUAAGUGGGCAUUGCAACGGGCUAAAGCAAAUAUUGUUGAAUGGUAUCCUGUUGUUGGUAUAUUAGAUUAUAUGGAACAGUCAAUGGAUGUACUGGAAUAUAAAUUUCCAUAUUUCUUUCGCGGUGCUAAACAUAUUUAUAAAAAGAUUCGGCCAACAGAGAAACGCUUUAUUGAUUCCGCAAUCGUGCUGAACUCCCGAGAGAGGGAUAUUUUAUUUAAACUUUUUGAGACUGAAAUAGAAUUUUAUCAGUGGUUGAAAUUUCGUCUUCUAAAUGAAACAUCAUCGAUUGACAGUGACGAGAGUUAUUAUUCGUGA